UCUCAAAAAAAAAAAAAAAAAAAACUUAGCAGAGUUAGGGAAUUUUUACCGGGAACAAAGUCAAAUAGAGAAAAACCAGUGUAGUGGGGAAGCUGUCGUGUCAAAAAAAAAAAAUUGAUAAAAAUAUUACACAAGUUCUUAAUGUGUCGCGUUAUUUGACCUCCUCUCGUCAAAUUUGAAACCCCCGCACUUCAAAGUGUCAGUUAGUGAUAAAAACCAAUAGGGUUAAAUAGAGAACUUAGGAAAACAGAUUUUUGUAACAUCAAGACUUUGUAUCUAUAAAAAGUUUCUUUAGUAGAAAGUAGUAGCUUACAAAUAAUUUUGGCACCUCACUAAAGUGAUAGAUUACAACGCUGGUUUUUAAUUCUUGGAGUAUACUAAGCGUCCGCGGCGUAAUUCUCCAAUUCAGUUCUUGUGUUUAUUUCCUUAAUUGCUGAGUUAGCUUUAGACUUCUGAGCUAAAGUUGAGCGCUCAGAAUUGCGGUCAUAGUUAGUGUUGAAAAGAUAGAGCUAAUAAAUUCGUGCAAUUUGUUGACUUGACCAGAGGAAAGAACUCACAGCCACACAAAUGUCAUCACUAGUCGGCCUGUCAUUGUCAUCUCUGGUGACAGCUGUCAUUCUCACAUUGUCUUUCUGUGAUGCCUGUUUUAUUAGGAAUUGCCCGAAAGGCGGAAAGAGAUCCCUGGAGGGAGGCAUAGUACCCAGGCGAGAGUGUAUGAAGUGUGGACCGGACAACUCAGGUCAGUGUGUUGGACCCAAAAUCUGCUGUGGUCAAGACUUCGGCUGCUUGAUAGGGACAGCGGAGACAGUGGUGUGUCAACAAGAGAACCAGGUUUCGACGCCUUGCUUGGUUAGGGGCGAAGUCUGUGGGGCCCGAGACAGCGGGUACUGUGUGGCGGAUGGAAUUUGCUGCGAUUCUGGGUCGUGUGCAAUGAAUGAGAGAUGCACCAAGCAAGGGGACAUGAUCCUCGAUGGGCAGACGUCAAGGAGUGACGUCUUGCAGUUGAUACACAAACUACUCAGAGAACGAGAUUAUGACUAAUGUCCACGUGAAGUCACAAGACGAGCGCGUGGCGUCUAGAGAUUUCGCAAUAAAAUGACGUCGAAAAUA